GAUAAUGCGCGCGCGCUGAAAAAAAAACAGCAACAAAAAAUUGAUCAAGACAGGAGACGAAACGAAGACGUAACGUAUUGAAAAAUAUGCAUUUUCUCCUGAAAUAUGAAGUUUAGCAUUAUUGAUGAAUACAAUUUAUUUUGUUGAAAGAAUCAAGGAUCUUCUAGGCAAUGCGAUGCCUCGUUCAAGGUACCAGUCACCGAGCAGGUACUCCAGUCGCCACCGUCACAGGAGAAAACUGAGGACUCCAUCCUAUGCCAGAGAGAGGGACCGAAAUGACUUUUAUAGCAAAGACUACGGUGCUUGCAGAUAUCGCUCAAGGAGUCGAGAUUACUACCGAGAGCCGUCACCAUCACCCCAGAGCAGACACUGUAGAGACUUUGACCGCGACAGGGGACGAGACAACUUCUACGACGACCGCUUCAGAGAAAACCACGGGCACGAAAGUCAACAUAGAAAACGUCACAGUAGGAGGUACCGGAGGCCACGGAGACGCUCAGAUAGCUACUCAACGAGUCGGCAUAGGGAGGAAGGGCACAGAGCAAGCGUUAUAGAUGAUGAUGAGGGUCAUUUGAUCUAUCGACCAGGCGACUGCUUGCAAGCAAGAUAUGAAAUCACCUCCACAUUAGGGGAGGGAACCUUUGGUAAAGUUGUUCAGUGCAGGGAUAACAUGUCUGGGGGUACUAAAAAAGCAUUGAAAAUCAUCAAGAACAUCGAGAAGUACAGGGAAGCCGCCAAACUGGAAAUCAAUGUCCUAGAGAAAAUCAACAAAAAGGAAGGAGCUGGAAAAAGCUUGUGUGUGAAGAUGUACGACUGGUUUGACUACCACGGCCAUGUCUGCAUAUCCUUUGAGAUUCUUGGUCUCAGUAUAUUUGACUUUCUGAAAGACAACAACUACCAGCCUUACCCUUUAGGUCAAAUUAAACAAAUGUCCCACCAACUCUGCUCAGCUGUCAAAUUUCUACACGAUAUGAAGAUUACACACACAGAUCUCAAACCAGAGAACAUUCUCUUUUUGGAUAGUCGAUCAUCUAUCAAAUAUGAUCCGGGCAAGAAACAAGAUGUAAGGCAAGUACUGAAUUGUGACAUCAGACUAAUAGACUUUGGAUCAGCGACCUUUGACCAUGAACACCACAGCACAAUUGUUUCAACCAGGCAUUACAGGGCACUUGAGGUCAUCCUAGAGCUUGGUUGGAGCCAGCCGUGUGAUGUAUGGAGUAUUGGAUGUAUCAUAUUUGAACUUUACACCGGAUUUACAUUAUUUCAGACCCAUGAUAACAGAGAGCAUCUUGCCAUGAUGGAGAGAAUACUAGGGAGUUUCCCUUCCUGGAUGAUCAAGAGGACAAGAAAGAGCAAGUACUUCUACCACGACCGUGUUGACUGGGACCAGGACAGCUCGUCCGGUCGCUACGUCUGCGAGAACUGCCACCCGCUACGCUACUAUCCGGACAGCGAUGCUGACGAGCACCGCCUUCUCUUUGACGCCAUCGAGGAGAUGUUAGAAUUCGAUCCUUUCAAGAGGGCGACGUUAGGUCACGUCUUAGAACACCCUUACUUUGCGGACAUUCACCACUAUGGAGGAAGCAGAGACAUGCACAGUAUCAGUAGGUGACGCUAGGCCAUACUAACAGAGACUCUUAUUUUCUUUUAGCUUUCCCCUUCUUUCCAUUCUUAUUUAUUUUCAUUUUCAGAUAUGAAAGUGAAAUCUUUUUUGCCCCUGCAUGCAUACUUGUACUUGUUUGAGGAAGUGGAUAUGGAAGGAAGUAAAGAUCAUAUCUUUGCCCUUACAUUUAUACUUGUACAUGUAUGGGGAGGCAGUACGAGUUGUGUUCUUUAUUCUCUGUCUGUAUUACUUCAGAACCAUUUUUGAUUGGAUUCAGAUGAAGUAUACCGGAUCAUGCAAUUAUGAGCUGAUAACAUCCUAAAUGCAAGGGAGUGAAGUUACAUGCCAAAAAGAGUUAAGCUAUUAAAGGUGUGUGACACUCCACUUCUGCAGAACCACUGGAUAUAAUUGAAGGAUCGAAAGAUCAAAACCAUGUGCUACUUUUACCAAUACCACAUAUUUUAAACAUUAGAUCAAACUGCUAUGUAUUCAAUCUGCAAAUGUUUUGCAGCACAUUUGCAUAUUACCUUCAUCAUUUGAGAUUUGAAUUAUCGGGUAGACAUGUUACUAGUCGGAUUCACGUGUGGUUGAAGCUUUAAAUUUGGAGUGCAGUUUCAAUCCGUUCGGCCAGACAUUCGUCAAAACUUAAGUGUAUUGCUGUCCCAGAACUGCAAGUAAGAUAAUGGUUAAUAAUAAUAAUCCGCUUUUGUAUAGCGCUUAAUACAUCGGAACGACGUGGCUAAGCGCUUUACAGAUAUAUUAUUACCCCGGUUAUAGUUAAUACACCAGGGUCAUGUAUCACAAAACUUUGUGCCUGAUCUUAUGAUGGAUUCUCACAACUGAUCCUGCAUUGUGGUCAAUGCAAUCCAUCAGAAAAUCUUGUUUUAGGAUUGAUUAUUAGUAAAAUUUGUGUUAUGGGGCCCCAAGGUCUGUGAUCGAAGCGGCAGUCAGCAGAAUGUCCCGUUGUCUGUUUUUGCAUAUGUUUCUUCAGGGUUGGCAUUAUUCUCAGUCCAUGACUGGAUGCCCUUGUAAUUGGUCACGAUUCCCCCUCUCAUUGGUCAGUGGCCUUAGAAAUUUUUAUGCCAUUCAAUUAUUUUCCAUAUAUGUGGUCAAAUUCAGGAAUGUGCCCAUUGAAAAGAGGCAUUGUCCGUACUGAAAUUUGAGGCCCAACGUUGAAAUACCAAGUCGUUGAGGUUUGAUAUUAUUCCACUCCUUAAAAAAUGUUUGAAUAGUUUCGAGAAAACUAUGUCUCAUUCUUCUCACUCGCUAGCUUUGAUUAUCUGUACUAUUUUGAUUAAUUUCUAUUUCUCUUUAUUACAUUCAUAACACUAUAUAUAUGCAAAUGUUCAGUAUUACGACACAAACGAAGGUGUUUUUGUAUAACAUUGUAACAGCAUGCCAAAUGAUUGCAAGUAUGUCACUUAGGGAAUGCUGCCGGCUGUUAAUUUGUUUGAAAAAUCGUUUGAAUGAUUAUUGAACUAAUGUAUUGUAUGAUGAUUAUAUUGAUAUUGCUGCGGGUUAUGGCUUUAGCAAUGAUGGUUACACUAAUGACAAGGUGUGUAAUGAUGAUGGCCAACUGCCAGUUUUGUAAUGCAAAAAAAGUAUCACUUUUGUGCUGCGAUUGAGCAACUCGUUUUUGUAGAGAUUCCAGUUGGCAUUUAGGUUUCGGGUUUUCCUUGGAUUUGGGAUGCAAGGAUCAUGGUGUUCACGUUCUUAUAUGUUGAUAAUGAAUGCAGGAGGGAACAUUUUGCUUGCAUAAUUCUAUUUUGAGAUGACAUCACUUUGACGACAUGCAACCCAAACUCCCUAUUCCAACACCUUUUUAUCAGUCUGACAUGAAAAAUACACGAUUUUCUGCAACAAUUACAGUGCAGCCCUCUCAGUUUGAAAAUGUUCCAUGGUUAUCAUAAGUAAUUGUGUUCAUAUCUAAUCUUCCCAUCGGAGUAUUUAUAUACUCAUUUUCCCUCAAUUACAUCAGCAGUCUUUUCGUCAUAAAAUUGAAAAAAAUAUCUUCUUUUUUUUUCAAAUUCAUAACAAGGUCUUAAUAAAUAAUAGCCCAAUUUUACAUCAGCGUUUCUUAUUUGUUACUCAUUAUAUGAAGUGUUUGUUAAUAGUAUUGUAUGAUAUAAUGUAUUUAUGAAUUUACAUAUUGAUUAUUGAACAUCAGGGAAGAAAUAACUCCAUUGUAAUAUCUAUAAAAAAAAAUUAAUAAAAAAGAAACGGUGAAAAGGAAGUUAUUUGUUGCAUCUGGGAUAAUUGACAGUUACUUGGGAAUACAGAAUAUAUAUCUGGAUAUCAGCAAUGCGAUGGAAAAAAAAUGGUAUGUUUAAAAACUAUUUGAUCAGCGUCAAUGCCACACUACUCAUUGCAUACUGUAUCGAACCUCAAUGUUUCAAAUAUAUUCAAGGAAUUAGCUUCAAAUUUGUCCUCUCAUCUUGUCAAGUUUUCUUAAAAACUGCUUAUAACUUUGGUUGUAGAGUGUGAUUUAGGUCUUUAAGAAGACAUAUCAAGUUUGCAGAUCAAUUUCCAGAAAUAUCUACUGUGGCAUGGGUUUCAAAUUAAAAAACUUAGCCAUAGUCUGCAUCGAGAUUGGUAAAGAAAAAACAAGAGUGAAGAUGUAUCCUACAUGAUAAAUAAUCUUGAGGUCAAGAUCAAAGCUGUGAAAUAACCUUUCCUUAUAAUAAAAGUUCAAAGUGGAGAAAAGUGAACAGUACAGUUGCCAAAUAAACAUCUUUAUUAGAAAAAUGUAAGAAAGUUAUUUUUUGAAGGUCAAAUUGCCCUACCCCACCGAAAACAAAUCAGUUCGGUCACAUGCAUUUUUGAAUUUGGAUUGGUUACUUUUCUUUUUUUUUUUUUCUUCUGUUCACUUCCACUGUCCUAAUCAUGUAUUUUUUCUGUCUAUUAUAAGGAGGAAUGUUAGAAUUCCCAUUGAAUAUUAAAUGACUAUAACAUUAUUACGAAUAACGCAGGUAUUGGGGGCAGGAGAUGUAGGAGAUGCUGUAUUAUUUACCUUUUGCUUUAUGACAUUUUAUCUGUCAGACAAUACCGACUAUUUUUAAAGAAAAUAGUCCCGGAUUCAUUUCUCUUUUUUUUAUUUGUAUCAUCUCCUUCACUGUACAUUUAUGUUGGUCAGCAUUGAAAUUAGUUUAUUCUGUUUAUAUCUCUUGACUAUUGGAUACCUCGCGGAGUAUGAAGUAAUCGCAAUAGUCGGUGCAUUGUUGCCUAAUUGGGGGGGGGGGGGGAAUGGAGGAUGGACAUUUGUGAAUGUAUGUUUUCUUCUGUAUGAAUAUUUUAUGAACAAUAAAUGUGUGUAAAUGUCAUCCGUAAUAA